CACCUGGCAUCUCGCUCUGCCAGGCUCCUGCUCCUCCUGGACUCGACCUGUUCUCCGGUGGAGCAGCAGCACCAGGGACCGUGUUUCCUCCUGCGCACACUUCAGGCCACCCCACACACCCCACACACCCUGACAUGGUGACUCAGGGGCUGCAGGAUCUCGCCAUGCUGAACCUGGGAGAGGUGCAGAGUGUCUCGGGUCAGCCCGUCAUGGCCACCGGUGUUGGUUUGGGUUUCGGCGUUUCCUCCUCUCUCUCCUCCUCCAACCCAUUUAUCAGCUCCAGCAUGCCCGGCUCUCCCCUGCGCUCUCUACAGGGAAACCCCGUGCGCUCUGAGGCAUCCCUCAGCAACCUACAUGUUCCCCUGGACUCCAUCAAAACCAGUAAGACUCUUCCUGUGACUGCGUACGAUAAAGACGGAGUGCGCGUCCUCCUGCACUUCGGCUCUGAGUGUCCUCCCGGGAGACCCGACGUCCUCGUCAUCGUGGUGUCCAUGCUGAACACGGCUCCUCUCGCAGUGAAGAACAUCGAGCUACAGGCCGCAGUGCCGAAGUCCAUGAAAGUGAAGCUUCAGAGUCCGUCAGGAGCCGAGCUGGCCCCCUUUAACCCCGUCCUGCCCCCUUCCUCCAUCACACAGGUCAUGCUUCUCGCUAACCCGCUUAAGGAGAAGGUGCGUCUGCGCUAUAAGCUGAUGUUCCUCCUCGGUGAGAGACAGUACUGUGAAGUGAGUGAGCUGGAUCAGUUUCCUCCACCAGAGAGAUGGGGAAACCUGUAGAGCUAACACACACACACACACACACACACACACACACUGAUGGUAAGGUCAGGUGACAGAGGUCUUAACUCUGAGAUCACUGUAAGCCCUGACUCGGACAUGUGUAAGAAAACUCCUGGUUUAUUUAUUGAUUUGUUUGUACUUUAUUAAAGCUGUAAAUGACGAGUGUUAUCAAGGGUCCAAGUUAGCUUCUAGUCGCCUCGAGCUACAGCGCUAACGCUAACACUGAGAUUCCACACUGCACACGUGGACUCCAGAUCUUCUGUGAAAAGGAAAUCGCCGCUACUGCACUCUCGGUCUCUCUUCUGUAUACGUGUGUGUGUGUGUGUGUGUUACACAACACCGAGUGUGUAGUGCUCUACAUGUACUGUAAACACAUGCCCUUGUGCGCUGGACAUUCUGGUAUCUAGCAAAACCCAAAAAAUUGAAAAACAUGUGUUUCUUUUUUUAUGGAGCGAUAACAAGCGACGAGUGAGAUUAUUAACAGUCGUGACCUGCCCACAAGACGCAAACUCACCAGGAACCUGUCGCUUGCUAGCGUGAACUCUGCCUCAGACACGAGCGAGUCAAAGCGCUGAGGUGAUUUUUUACAUUCUGCUGAAUUCUGUUGAACUUAAAGCUGCAGUACUGAACUUUUGCCUCUCUAUCGCCAUCUCUGUUUGAAACGGGAAACGCGAUACCUAGCUGAAUCAAGCGAACACGUGCGCUAAUGUUAGCUGGUUACAUACUGAGCCACUGAAAUGUCUUAAAUGUUCAGCUAAUAAAAGCCAUGUCUGUGUCAGUCUUCAGUCCCUUCAGAUCUUGGAGCUUUCACCACGUCUCAAAAGCCAUGCUGAUAUUUAUUCUGGUUUCAGCACGGGCUCUGUCGCGUUCCCUUUUUCACUGCAUUCUCUCCAGUUUGAGGUUCCUUGGUUUUGACAGCAGCUGAUUCCAGAUGUGACUGAUGAUUGUGUUUAGAACGAUCCAGAUUAAAGCAGCCGUCUAGAUGACCGGUUUCAAUUCUAAGCAACUGUUGUAAGGAAAAGCUACAAACACUCCACCUUCCUCAGCCCCCACACACGUGAUAUAGUAGCCGGCUCGUCUUCUUUCUGUUAACGCGCGUGACGAAACCACGCGAAGGCGAAUGACGUCACGAAUGAAGUUUUGAACACUGAUUUUUUUAUGGACGUGUUCAACAAUUGAUUUGAUUUAUGUUUGUUUUUAACCAAGAAAAGUUCCUUACUGCAGCUUUAAACCACGUUUAAUUGUAUACGUCAUGUUUACCGGACGAUUGUGUUUUUAUUUAUUGAUGUCAUCGUGCAAUACAGGUGUGUUUAACUGCUGUGUGUUUUAUUGCUUUAGUGUUUUAUUUCUCUUCGGAUUGCAGUCCUGGUUUGUUAUUACUAAUGUUAUUACUAAUGUUAUUACAUACAAUCAAACUGUAAUAACCUAAUAGUAAUAUUAUGGGCCUUCACACUCACAUACAGAGCAACCGUGUGUGUGUGUGUGUGUGUGUGUGUGUAUAUGUGUGUGUGUGUGUCACUGCAUUCUGACUGUAUACAGUGUGUAUGAGUUUAAAACACAAGCCAUAAAAUGUUAUUAUUUGUCCUGAUCACUGAGACUGAAUUAGUGAAUGUAAAAAAAGCUGUGAUUUAAAUUCGAGACUGCCCGUGUGUGUGUGUGUGUGUGUGUGUGUGUGUGUGUGUGUAUGUGUGUGUGUGUCCUGUACAGUAAGUGCUUGUGCCAUGCAACAGUAUGUACAGUAUGUGUUUCCAACAUGUGAUCUCUCCAGCUGCAUGCAGAAAUAAACUAAAGAGUCUCUUUUACACCAAAGUGAAGUGAGUUCAUUUUAUUGA